UUUCUUUCAACCUUCAUGAAACUGCUUUUUAAGGUAGACCUGUUUUGGCGUGAAGCAGUUGACUACUUGGUGAAACAAUUUGAAAACAUCGAUGACAGAGAUAAAAGAGAAGCCUGGAUAGAGAAAAUCUGUGAUCACAUUGGUCGUCAAAAUAAAGUGCAGCCAUUUUUGGAAUUUGAAGACAUCAAAUCUGCAGUUGAUGCUUGUUGUAAGCAUGUUCAAGAGAGCAGCCAACCGCUAGUGGAAGUUAUUUCUGCAUUUGAUGUUCCCAAGUUUGACUUCCAUAUUGAUCUCAAGAAGUUUUUUCCAACAAGAAGUGAAACACACCCUCUGCUAGCACCUCCGGAAACAUGCACUAAAUUCUAUACAGAAAGGUUUUUAAUGUUGAAGCAGAGAACUCUACGUCAUCAUUUGUUCAAGAGUGGGCAACAGUUCCAAGUGCAGCCUAUUGAGGUUCUGCUCAGUUCAAGUCAUAAAAUAAAGCACGUGGUCAUUUUGGGCAUGCUGACAACUAUGAAAGAUGGUCGUUAUCAAUUGGAAGAUCCCACCGGCAGUAUACCUAUCAAUCUCACAGGAGUUAAAUAUCAUACAGGAUUCUUCACUGACAAUUGUUUUGUGUUAGCCGAGGGAAAUUACAAAGAUGAAAUUUUCCAUGUAGAUUCAAUUGGAUUUCCACCAACAGAAACAGCUGAAAUGAGUCGUGCAGUUUUUGGAGGAGGCAAUAUCUUUGGUGGUUUGCCAGAAACCAGUCUGCACAAUUAUGAAUCACUGAAGGCAUUGGAGAGCUCCAAUCCCGACUCAAUGAUCAUCUUCCUCUCAGAAGUGUGGCUCGAUCGAAAAGAGGUGAUGGAGCGACUGAACCGAUUGUUCGAAGGUUACGCGGACGUUCCUCCAGCCGUCAUUGUUUUGAUGGGAAAUUUCUUGUCGACAGACAUGGGCCCAAAACAUUCCCUUAUUCUCAAAUCGCAUUUCAAAGAAUUGGCGAACAUGAUCGGAAACUAUGAAUCUCUUGUGAAAAGUACAAAGUUUGUAUUUGUUCCUGGUCCAACUGAUUCAUUUCUAGGCAACAUUCUACCAAGGCCACCUAUUUCGAAAACUGUGACUGAAUAUUUCUUAAAAAAAGUGCCCAAUAGUAUUUUCACCACCAGCCCAUGUCGUCUGAGAUAUUGUACACAGGAGAUUGUACUUAUGAGGGAGGAUAUUAUUAUAAGAUUGUGCCGAAAUAGUUUACAUGCUCCUGACAUUUCUGAUAUUCCACAACAUUUUGUGAAGACGAUUGUUUCGCAAGCCUACUUGAUGCCUCUUCCGGUGACGCUGAGUCCAGUCUAUUGGGCUCACGAAACAGCUCUCAGAUUGUAUCCACUCCCAGAUCUAAUUGUAAUGGCGGAUUCAUUCCAACCCUACACUGCAAAAAAUACUGGUUGCAUUGUAACUAAUCCGAGCUCUUUUUCAAAUGGAAACUACGCUUUCAAAGUCUACAUUCCCUCGUCACGUGAAGUGGAAGACAGUCAAAUACCUGAAGAGACAUGAAUAGACUAUACAAAUUGAGUAACUGUAAUAUAGUCACCUACUACAUUGUUUGCAAUAAAUCCUUCCAAUUUGUUA